AUGCCUCCCAAGAAAGCUACUAGCACCGCGGCCAAGAAGUCGUCUGCCGGCCCAACCCACGCCUCCUACCGUGAUAUGAUCAAGGUCGCCAUCCUGAAUCUGAAAGAGAGAAAUGGUAGCAGCCGUCAGUCGAUCAAGAAAUACGUCCAGGCCAACAACAAGCUUGCGCCUGCGUCCCAAAAUGCCUUUGAUAGCCAGUUCAACAAGGCGAUCAAGGUUGGUGUUGACAAGGGCGAUUUCCUUCAGCCCAAGGGUCCCUCCGGCCCCGUAAAGCUUGCCAAGAAGGAAGCUGCCCCUAAGCCUGCCCCUAAGCCCGCUGCGAAGCCCGCUGCGAAGAAGCCUACUGCUACCAAGGCUGCUGCCACCAAGAAGACAGCCACUAAGAAGACUGAGAAGGCCGAAAAGGCCAAGCCCAAGGCUAAGAAGUCAACCGCUGGUGUGAAGAAGUCUACCGCUAAGCCAAAGGCCAACACCGCAAAGCCUCGCAAGGCCACCACAUCCGCACCAGCUGUUGUUGACAAGCCCAAGGUCGUCAGCGUGACCAAGUCGGGUCGCAAGACCACGACGACGGCAAAGCCCACCGAAAAGGUAACCAAGAGGACCAAGAAGGCUUAG